GACUGUUCCUUGAGGCGGCUCUGUGGCUUGUGUUGUGACCCUGCUGAGCCACCAUACCUCCCCGCCUCUGCGCCCAACGUCCGCGUCGCCGUUCUGCGCCGCCGCCAUGGCCGACGUGGAGGACGGCGAGGAACCCUGCGUCCUUUCCUCGCAUUCUGGGAGCGCAGGCUCCAAGUCGGGAGGCGACAAGAUGUUCUCCCUCAAGAAGUGGAACGCUGUAGCCAUGUGGAGCUGGGACGUUGAGUGCGAUACCUGCGCCAUCUGCAGGGUCCAGGUGAUGGAUGCCUGUCUUAGAUGUCAAGCUGAAAACAAACAAGAGGACUGUGUUGUGGUCUGGGGAGAAUGUAACCACUCCUUCCACAACUGCUGCAUGUCCCUGUGGGUGAAGCAGAACAACCGCUGCCCUCUGUGCCAGCAGGACUGGGUGGUCCAAAGAAUCGGCAAGUGAGAGGCGGCAGAGGCUCUCCUGGUGCGGUGGGUGACCCUGGACAACCUUGUCACCAAGUCACUGGACAGACGACACUCCAGGGGUUCACCUUCAGAUAGAGGGGAUGGUGUGCGGCCUCUGGGACUCAUCCAAGGCAUGGUUUAUCAUUUUGUCUGUUUAAUUUUGGGAAAUUGUCUACAAUUAAGAUAAUUUAUUAAAAUAGCCUUUCCUACCUCU